UUUUGUCUUUCAUAUUUUAUGAUAGUUAAGGUCAGUUACCAAAAAAAUGAGAAACCCUAGCCAGUUAGUAGCCACCAGCACAAAUUCAACCAAAUUAAAACACGCUUAAAAGACUUGCAAUUAAUUUCUUUCACUUUCUGCUGUGCUGUGUUUCUCUUCGCUACUCCUCAUCCAAUUCGCAGAGACACUAACAGAGGUUUUGGGGUUUAGGGUUAAGGUUUCAAAAUGGAAGAAAUUACCCAAGGAGUUAACAACAUCAACUUGGGCGCCGAUUCCCAAAAGAAGAACCGGAUUCAAGUCUCCAAUACCAAAAAGCCCUUGUUUUUUUACGUUAAUCUCGCCAAGAGGUAUAUGCAACAGUACAAUGAGGUGGAGCUGUCUGCCCUUGGCAUGGCUAUUGCUACAGUUGUCACAAUUGCAGAAAUUCUGAAAAACAAUGGUUUGGCUGUUGAGAAGAAGAUCACAACCUCAACAGUUGACAUGAAGGAGGACUCUAGAGGGCGUCCUGUCCAAAAAGCAAAGAUUGAGAUAUUGCUGGGGAAGACAGAAAACUUUGAUGAAUUAAUGGCUGCUUCUGCUGAAGAAAGAGAUGCUGUGGAUGGAGAAGAGCAGAGUUGAAACUGGAAAGAAGCUUGUUUGUUAGUACCUGGUGGUCAGUUUUUAAUGCCCUAGUAUUGGUUAAGGCACUUAGGCUUUUUACACAUUGUAGGUGUUUUGAGUUAUCUUGAUCGUCCUAGGCUGGUAAUUAAAUAGAAAAUUGUUUUCUUUUCAAUAUUCAAUUUUGCUAACUGAUUUUUUUGGCUUAUAUUUUCUCAAAUUUGCUGAUGCAAUGUUGGUUUCAUUGUGAGCUAUGUCUUAGUAAAGACAAUUAUGAUUUAACCGUCUUUACAUCUUGUAGUUAUUGACUUAAUGAUUAUUGCAAUUAAGAUGUUUGCAGA